CCAACCCCGCGCCGUGGUCGUUUGUUUUCCUAUUUCAGCCUCCGACCCUCCGUGUCUGUGAGCCGAGGUAGCGGAGCGUAAGGGGGCGUUGAAAGCAUGGCCUACACGACCGCGGGUGGAACCAAGAAGAAAGUCUGCUACUACUAUGACGGUGACAUAGGAAACUAUUAUUAUGGACAAGGGCAUCCCAUGAAACCACAUCGCAUCCGCAUGACUCACAACCUGCUUCUGAAUUAUGGACUUUACAGGAAAAUGGAAAUCUAUAGACCCCACAAAGCCACAGCGGAGGAGAUGACAAAAUAUCACAGCGACGAUUACAUCAAGUUCCUCCGAUCCAUCCGGCCAGACAACAUGUCCGAGUUCAGCAAGCAGAUGCAGCGAUUUAACGUCGGAGAGGACUGUCCAGUGUUCGACGGCUUGUUUGAGUUCUGCCAGCUUUCUACAGGUGGCUCUGCGGCGGGGUCGGUGAAGCUGAACCGACAGCAGACGGACAUCGCAGUCAACUGGGCCGGAGGGCUUCACCAUGCAAAGAAGUCCGAGGCCUCCGGGUUCUGUUACGUGAACGACAUCGUCCUGGCCAUCUUGGAGCUUCUGAAGUACCACCAGAGGGUGCUGUACAUCGAUAUUGACAUCCACCACGGAGACGGUGUGGAGGAGGCCUUCUACACCACAGACAGGGUCAUGACCGUGUCCUUCCAUAAAUACGGGGAGUACUUCCCUGGGACCGGAGACCUCCGAGACAUCGGAGCUGGCAAAGGCAAAUACUACGCUGUCAACUUCCCGCUGCGGGACGGCAUCGAUGACGAGUCGUAUGAGCAGAUUUUCAAGCCUGUGAUGGCCAAGGUGAUGGAGAUGUAUCAGCCCAGUGCUGUGGUCCUCCAGUGUGGUGCAGAUUCCCUGUCCGGAGACCGUCUGGGUUGCUUCAACCUCACCAUCAGAGGGCAUGCUAAAUGUGUUGAGUACAUGAAGUCCUUCAACCUCCCGGUACUGAUGCUUGGUGGAGGAGGCUAUACUAUUCGCAACGUGGCCCGGUGCUGGACCUACGAGACCGCUGUGGCUCUGGACACAGACAUUCCAGAUGAGCUGCCUUACAAUGACUAUUUCGAGUACUUUGGUCCUGACUUCAAGCUACACAUCAGCCCGUCAAACAUGACCAACCAGAACACGCAGGAGUACAUGGACAAAAUCAAGCAGCGUCUCUUUGAGAACCUGCGCAUGCUGCCUCACGCCCCUGGAGUUCAGAUGCAGGCCAUUCCAGAGGACGCCAUUCCAGACGACAAUGUGGAUGAGGACAUGGAGGACCCCGACAAACGCAUGUCCAUUCGCGCCUCAGACAAGAGGAUAGCCUGUGAUGAGGAGUUCUCCGACUCCGAGGACGAGGGGGAGGGAGGCAGGAGAAACGUGGCCAAUCACAAGAAGGGAGCCAAACGGCUGCGAGUAGAGGAGGAGAAGAAGGAGGGAGAGGAGAAGAAAGCCGAGAUGAAGGAGGACGACAAAGCAAAAGAUGGCAGCACUGAGAAGACGGACCCAAAAAGUGGUAAGACUGAGCACACUAGCAGUGCCUGAUUUUUGUUUGUUUUUCACAUCUAUACAACGGCGCCAUCUACUGUUGAGGAUCCAACUUUCACCAGACUCCGUGGCAGAAGCGUUAUAUUUAUUAGGGGUCCACCAUGCCCUAGGUGUAAAUCUCUUGUGAAUGUGGACAUUUUCCCGUUUGUGUAUUGUAGCAGUGGAUUCUUUCAGUCCACCAUCAACUUGAAUGUGCCAUGCAGCCAUACCUACCAUCCUUUUCAUACGUUUAGAGCAUCCUUUCCGAUCUGCUCUUCUUUAUAAAUAAAACAUCAGCCUGAUGUUUUUUGAGAAAAAUAUUAUGUGGGUACUUGUAUAAUAACCUACAAUGAAUUCCUAUGUUUAAAAUUUGAUAUUUUUCAUUUGUCAAUAAACCUUUUUAUACAGUUGCCUAGAAAUGACUGCUUUAUUUUUGAUUUAAUGAGAGAGACGUGUUCAGUUCUCAGUUUUAGGUUUUGGUUCAAAACUGUCAUUUGGAGAAAAAAAGAUGUUGAAACGUGUCACCGAUUUGUCUGUUCGCACACCAGGGGAGAUGGAAAUUAUGUUUUCCGAUCUUUUUAUAUUUUUAUAACGGGUCUGUUAAUGUAAAGGUACCAAAAUACUUGAACUGCUGUUAUGAAAAUGGACUGAAACUGUAGAGAAACUCUCCUCCUGGUUGCAAACACAGUGUUUCAGAAAACAUCCUGCUUCCUGUAAUAAAUGACAGCAUUAAUACUCUGAUUUGAUUGGACGGUCAAUGAAUUGUCAUCAGUCCGUCCGUCAGGUUGAAUAGUUGUCUAGCAACAUCGUACGUGUUAACGAACUUGUUACCCAUCAAUAAAGA